UUGAUAACGAAAAAUAACCCAUACACGGAAAUUCCAAUGAAAUUAAGCAUCGCCCAAUAUUACAAUCAGAUGUUCCAUUACUUGGGAUUCAAAGUUUCUCACCGUCUUCUGUAGCUCUAUUAUCUUAAAGCAUAGAGCAAGAACUGGUAUCUGGUAUUUGAGUAAACUGGAUAUAACUUUACCGGAAGAAACGACGCAAGAUAGUCGUGAUGUUUUCAUUUCUGCUGCUGUGUGUUGCGUUGGCUGCACCUGCCCUGUGUGCAACAACAACUAGUCAGCCUGACAAGGACAAUAUGACUGCUGGUAAUGUAUUCAAUACGGGAAAUACCACUGCGGAAACUACCACUCCCAGGGCGGCACCAUCGGUAUGUAGCUUAUCCCUAUAUAUUUCCGAUGAAAAUAAUCCAAUCCAACAAUUCAACAAGCUUGUGGAAGACGACGGUGCCAUUUUCAUCUACAUGAAAUUGGAUUUCGUUGAUGAGGAUUUCGGUGGCACUUUCUCGGCCUACUUGGAUGCGAUUGGGAACAUUAUUGAUCCGCUGACGUGGGUGUGGGCUAAAGGAGGGAGGGGUAAACUGUUACUUGCGUCUCCCUUCGACUUCAAUCAUCUAUCGCUGACUACGUUGGGCCAAGGAGUUCAUUCCUUGAAUAUAAAAGUAGAAGGAUCUGAUGGUUGCUUUGCUGGUACCAAUAGAACCGAUGGUGAGAAGUUACUUAUGAUUGCAGUGUUUUUACAAGACGUGAUUAAGACACGGCAUGAGGAUAAUGGAGAUGCUGAUAGUGAUGAAGGUACUGUCGAUGAUGAACUGAUAUGUCUUGAGAAACAGCUUGGCAAGAAGGAUAUCACACUUGCUGGUCUUUUCAAUUUACCGGGUGGUUCAUACAGUACGAUGCAGCUAAGCACUGCCUAUGACUGCUGGUCGAACGGUGAGGCGAAUAAGAGUAAGCGAGUGUACAAAGAAUCCUGGCUGAACUGGAUCCUCGCUGGUGGGAUCGUCUUGGCGAUGUUCUCCCCAAUCGCCAUGAGCUUCUUCAUUCAGAAGAACCCUCCAGAAACUGAUGAGCAUGGACUCGAAAGAAUCAGUCUGGUGUCUGACCUCCCCCUUGGACUUAAAUACGUUACAUGCUUCUGGGCUAAGAAUAAUAAAUGUGUUUCGACAACGCGUUGGACUUUGUUUUUACUCCUCUUCAUUGUUAUUCAGUACAUACCCGUUCUGAUUUCAUUUCUGACUGAUACGGAUGGAUUUAUUAAAAGAUCCUUUGCCCUAUAUAACACCGGACCACAGAACGGUUUGCUAAGUGUCAUCUGGCACCUUCUUAUCAAUGUUAUAUUCCUUAUGGCUGCCGUCAUCCUGAUAGAGAGGUUCUUCCGGGACGGUGCGUUCUUGGAGCCACUCUUAAGGGAACGAGCAAAGACCCCGGACGGUGAAGAUGAACCGAUUGGUAGGAGUAAUUCUGAUGAUGGCACCGCCAGAGUCAAUGAGGACGAAAGCAACGACAUAUACAAACAUAUGGUUAUUGUAGAAGCACCAAUGGAGCUAUGGGCACCUAGUACAUCGUUAGACGACUCACAAGCCUUCUUUUAUUACAUGCGUUGGAGGGCAAGGAUGGGAGUUGACAUGAAAGCAUGGAAGUUUGUCAUAUACGGCUGGCUGUGGGGCAUGAUUACUGAACACGUUGGUGCGCCACCAGAUAACCCAAGGACUGUCCUAUGCGCUGUCAUCUUCACCAUCGCCUUUCCAUUCUAUAUACCCUUUGCUUUGAUCUUCUUUGCCUUCAACACACUGCCACUCAUGUACUGUAUGACGAGAUGUUUACAGACUUUAAUAAGUGAUCAUGUCAACUGUACAGAGAUGAUGUUCUCUUUGCUGAUCGCGGUUGCAUCCAUUGCUUGGUUCUUCAAGUUUAUAGCGACGUUCGUGUACAUUGCUGAGCUUAUCGGCUAUUCCUUCAUGGGGUUCGUUGUCAACGCCGAUGUUGUUGGUCCUACGGUCCUGGUGAUUGUCAUCAUAGCUGGUUACAUCGUCAGGGCAAUCACCGAGUUUUACGAUGGCUACUGUGUGUUGUUCAGCAAAGUCAUAGCGGUAGCAGAGGCUCACGACGAUGCGGUUGAAAAGAAAAGGGCCGCAGGAGGACCGGAGCUGGUGGUGUCCAGGCGACGAGGUGCAGCAGCCCGUAAUCGGAUGGCGCGGCAGACACAGAGUUCCACUGAACAACGUCAGUCCAGCAUCGAGAUGGAACCCAUGGAUGAAGAGCGUGACAACGGGGCAGCAACCACGCAUCCACCACCGGGCGACGAAGCCGCUUACACCCCUCUUGUUAGUUUCAACGCCAAGUCAAUCCCGACCCUACAGCUCAACUUCUUCUGGCUGAUAGUUGAGAAGUACCGGCCCAUCAGGGUGCAGGUUGCGUCCACAUUCUUGCAGCUUCUCGUCAUCAUACUCUGCAUCGGAUUCGGGAUGUCUAUACUGGCCAUCGCGGACUCUCUAAGUAACUUAUCCACCACGGUUGAACUCUUUGCCUCGGUGAUUAUUGCCGGGGUGGUUCCAACAGUUCUCCUCGCUUUGAAGUCACCUGCUUCUCAAGAUUGCUACGACCAGGCGAAGGAGCGACAGAUAAAGGCUGAUGUCACCCACUUCGCACAGACUGGUCAUCUUAAAAGCUCAGCGGCGUAACAUCAUCCACGGGCCGCAAUACUGUUUCUGUAGUAUGGAAUUGCCAUCCUCAAAAUAUUUCCCGAUUUUUGUUUUAAAGGCACUGGACACGUUUGGUAAAAAUUAUUG